AAUUCUUUCUUUGUAAAAUUUCUGUUUGAUAUAAAAAAAUAAUAAUAAUUUUAAUUCCUUUUGGAGCAUGCUUAAGAUCUUUAAAUCUCCCACCUAUUGUAGCUGUGUUCCGAUAUUCUGUUCACUGCCAGUACUGAAAAUAUAUAGUUCAAGUCACAUAUAUUAUAGAUUUUCAAUACUUGCAGUGAAUAUCAGAACGCAGCUUGUAUUAUCAGUUAAUCUUUCCUCAACCAUACACAAACAAAUCUUCCCCAAUGAUUGUGUUCGAGAAGCACAUUGUCAUCUAUGAUUGGAAUAGCUCUUUGGAUCCAAGUUGAAUCUAGAAGAAUGCACCAAUGAAAAGGAUGAGCGCUCGCUUAACGGUUGCGCAAUCGUUCUGUUUUCAGAACGUAACCAAUCUCGCCACGCGUCUCGAGUUUAGGUUCGGAUCGUCCGAGCUGUCUCGUUUGCGCGGAUCAUCUGUCAAAUAAACAAAACAAAAAAUUCGAACUCAAUUUUAGCCGCGCGCGUCAACAACUUGACGUUGAUCGUGAUUCCUCUGGUCAGAGGUCGGAUUGAAGUACAUUGUUAAAGAAGAAGGCCAAGAGGGAGGUUCGUUAUGAAACGAGCCGAGGAACAGUAUCUUUAAUUACUGUUCGCUAAGGUCCUUAGUCGAUCGAAUAGAAAUAAAUCAAGACGAGUCAUGAUAAAGCGAUAGUGUGGCAACACCAUAUUCGAUCGCUGUUAUUACAGCAACACUGCUACAGCGUUUCAAAACGUGAUUGUUUUUAUGAAGUUAGGAAAGAUGAUGUACAGCGUCCCUCUUCUCUUGCUCUCUUGCUCUUUUCUCUUACCCUUUUCUCUUUCGCAAGAUAAUUUCUUUUUUGAAUAUGAAUGUUACUACAUAUUUACACCAGAAAAUCUUGAAGGUGAAAAUAAUAAUGACACAAGUAAAUAUUAUACUGCUGUAUUUCCUUUUAUUGAUGCCAAUGAUGUUCCUGCUGAAAAUAAUAUAAACGUAUCUUUAUUUAUAUAUCAUAAUAAAAAGCCUGAUAAAAUAAGAGUUAGCUUUCAACCUCCUAAAAAACAAUGCAAAUUUGGAAUAUCUUUGUUAGUUAAUCCUUCGAUUAAAAGCGAAGAGGAAUGUAAAAAAUAUGUCUUUAAUCCAUAUGAUAAAUCAAAAGUACAUACCAGAAACAAAAAUAUAUGUGUUGACCUUCAUAAAAAAGCGAUUAAUUAUUAUGAGAUUAAAUAUGGAGACAAUGUGACUAUAGAUUUCGACUAUAUUUUUGAAGGAUGUUAUGCUCUUCAAUUUAAAAUAAAUGGUGAUAAAUAUGUUAUGAGGAACCAAGAUUUGGUGGAUAAUACUUAUCCACGAACGGAAAUUGUAGUACCAACGCUUACCUGUCAACAUGAAGAAAGUUUCUUUAAUCUUGAAAAUAAAGAAUCUUCCUUUGAAAGACAAGAUGUGAUAAAUUUUACACUCAGUAUGUCACUACCGAUGGAAACUUAUUCUGCAAAGAGACUUGAUAUAAAAAUAAUAAUUCAAGAGGAUGAAAAUUGGGAAAAAGGGACUUGCGAGUGGACAGAAUAUACAGCUGUGAAAGUUGCAUGGUCACAAUGGCUGAUAUUUAACAAUAAUGAUCGGUAUCAUAGAAGUCGUUAUUGCAUUGUAAAACUGGUGAAGAUAAAUGAGAUGUACGAGAACUAUGAGACGAUUGUACAGUGUAAUGUUCAAAUAAAUAGUUCAAGUUUAGCAAAUUAUUGUGUCAUGUGGCAGAUAAUCGACGAUCGAUGUUACAAAGAUGAAACUAUAUGGAAACCACAACAGACAAAGGGUUUUGUUACAGAUGAUCCUAAUCUCCGGUAUUGUACACGAUUUGAGCGUUGCAUAUAUAAUGUUUCUAAUGAUUUUGAUCAAGAAAAAAUUAAUGUCAUUAAUGCAUUACAAUCCGACAAGAGCACAACUUUGUAUCUACCGUUCUUAAUUAUUGCCGUUAUAUUAAUUAUAUCAACAAUAAUUGGAACGCUAGGUGUCUGUUAUUAUCUGCGUAUUCGAAAGGAGGAGGUCAAUUUAUAUAUAAACUCGCAACAGGAUGAUAUCGAUUGUCUUAAAUCUAUCGAUCUCGUCACUGAAAACGUUAACAAGGAAAGCGAUAAUAUUCCUUUGUGUGACGAUAUCGUUCUUCUUUAUACCAAUGGUUCGACGUCUUUCAUGGAAUUGAUGAAACAUUUUCGUGAGACACUUGCUAAAAUGUGUUUUUGUUCCGUGCAUGACUGGCAUGAUGGAACUGUAUGGAACGACGUGGCUAAAGUUGGUGCUGUUUUAUGGUUUACCAAAUUGCUUGAUAAGGGAUGCCGCAUUGUUUGGGUAGAUGUGCCAACUACGAGAUCUGUCAUAAUAUCAAACUCACAAAUAGACCAGUCGAACUUAGAUAGAUAUUAUGAAAUACAUGAUUUCCGCGACAUGGCGUUUCGCGUCGUGCUUGAAGUGGCGAGAAACAAGAUGAACGAUGUCACGCAACAAUAUAAUAGACAUUUCGUUAUAAGGUUUGAUAACAUGAAUAAUGUGAACGAUCCGUUUCUGGAUCUCUCUCCUAACGUGCGAUAUCGCAUCCCCCAGCAUCUUGAGCAAUUGUGUUCAGACUUAUUAAUAGCGAAACAAGCAGUUUCGGAACACAAGAGUAAGAUGGAAGAUCUCUAUCGUGUUUUCAGAUUCCAACUUUAUAAGUUUCAAACGCAACAUCGUCUGAAAUUUAUAAAAUAGAAUCUACAACGUGAAAUAAAAAGCACAAGAUUAUUUUAAGAUUAUAUUAAGAUCUCAGCAUUAACCAAAUCUACGACUGUACAACACAACGAGACUUUAUUCGUGUUCUUUUAACGCGAAAUGAUCACAAAAGCACAAAUUUGUUAUGUACUACCUCAAAUUGUAUGUAUAAAAAUUGUAAAUGUUAUGCAA